AUGGACGACUCAGACUCCUCAUCCUUGUCCUCCGUCCCAUCUUCCGACGACGAAGAGAUGGUGCAGCGAAUGACGAAACCCACGGGGUUGAAUCGGUAUUUCAAGCCUGCGCCGAAAGAACCCACGCCCGAGCCCCCCAAACGCGCGCCUUCGCCUCCUCACGAUUACACGCUGGCAGACAAUGAUGCUAUAGCCUUUAUUGUUAUGUUCCGGAGUCGAUUCCACGACGCGUUUCCCAAAUCCCUGCCGCAUUAUGGCCCGCAGGAUAUCGAAAGAGGGGUCUCGGGUGAUUUGCCUGCUGAACAAGUCGAGAGACUCUUGUGCGCACUCUUGGGGUUGGUGUUGAACAGAAAGAAGGACGUCGAACGAGGACACUAUGGCCGAGCACUUGAAGAUGCAGUCUCAGCAAACAACCAUCAAUGGCCAGCUGCGUGGAACGGGGGCAAUCCAUUACACGGCGGCAAGAAUUUCAACAAUAUGACACCAGAGGAACGGUUGAACCUACUCAAGGCCCUGGUUUUAUGGUCGCUUAAUUCGUCCGAGGCGGUACAAGGCCUCAUCAAGGAAUCGUACAAACAGACUCGACGCGACGACGAUCGCAAUCAGCCGCGCAGCGUUCAGCCUUGGUUUACAGACCAGUAUCGCCGGAAAUACUGGCUUAUUGAAGGAUUGGAAGAUUCGCAUUUCCGGAUAUACAGAGAGAAUGAUGGCAGAACUGCAAAGACCAACACCUGGUUCAGCGUUGCUGGUUCGAUUGAAGAUGUCAAGGCAUUGGCAGACAAAUUCGGCGAGGAGCACACCUCGAACUCCAAAUUGAUCGCUGACAAGUUGCGCUCGGCAAUCCCUAGAUUUGAGGCCGGUGAAGAGAAACGCAGACGCCGCGACUACCGCCUGGCCCGCAAAGCCGCAUUCUCACGGCCUGAUCCCGGUUUCUCCAUGUAUGAGGGACGGACUCGAGGGAAGAGACUGAGAUACACGUUCUCCGACGACGAGGAUGGGUCUGAUGGACUUUCCAGUCGACGCUCCGCUCGAAAUUCCGGAGUUUCCACCCCUCCGGAUGCGGGACCGACAGUCACUGCAAGCGGUAGGCAAGUGAAAUCCCGCUUGGGCGGGAUAUACGGAGAGACCAUGCUUGUGGACCAACGCAAGGAAAUUGAAAAGACUACAGGCGAGGGUCACUUUACAGAAACCAGCGAAGACAUGCCUGCCACAGUCCCGACUGGACGGGGGGUAAAAACCUCGCGAUCCGGACGACCAGUCAAGGCCACAAGAAAGGCUUACACCGACGGCGCGGACUCGGACAGCGACGAGGCUCAAUCAUCCGGAAAGGAAUGGAGCGGAAAUGAGGACGAGCCGGAGGAUUCCGAGCCAGAUUUUGAUGCCGAGGAUGAGGACGAAGAAAUGAGCGACCACGGACUCGACCGGGACGAGUUGGGCGAGGACGACAAUACCCAGGACAGUCUGGUGGUGCAAUUGAGGUAUCGAAAGGGUCAAGAGCCGCCUGGGAAGACCGAACAGAAACCACCACCUCCUCAAGCAGUCACGAAUGGUGUUUCAAGUGUCAGCAACGGAUUGGCGCCGGUCCAAGAUGCUGGCAAAAGCGAGCCGGUCAUGAUGGACACCAUUGAUGUGGCGUCUCCUGUCAGAGCGGCGAGCAAUGGAGUUCCCAGUAUGACGAAUGGGGUCAAAGAAGAGGAGAACAAGCCCGAAUCACUUGCUCAACCGCCAGCGCAAACGACAGCACAGGCCAUGGAGGUAUAG